AAUACACUAGUCAUUGACCUUGACAUCUGUAUUACUGUAUUUUGUUUCUUGCGUUUCGAGUUUUAGGCUGCAUAUUUCCCAUAUAUUCAGCUUGACGCCUUCGUGUUUCCAGCACUCAAAGAAGAAACUAUUGCAUAUUGAAGUUCAUUAUGUGGAAGUCCCUGACUUUCUCGCUAUCAUCAGCCUUCAGUCUCGUUCGUUGCGCUUCAACUGCAGCGGAAUCAGCUCCACUUAUGAAGACCUUUUCCAUUUACAGAUGGAACCCAGAUAAACGUGGCGAAAAACCCACUAUGCAAAAUUAUCAAGUCGAUCUUAAUGAUUGCGGACCCAUGGUCUUGGAUGCUUUAAUCAAGAUAAAGAAUGAACAGGAUCCUACUCUGACAUUUCGACGUUCUUGCCGUGAGGGCAUAUGUGGUUCUUGUGCAAUGAAUAUAGAGGGUCGUAAUCACCUUGCCUGUAUAUGGGAAAUAGAUCCAGAUGUUAGCAAGACAACUAAAAUAUAUCCAUUGCCUCAUAUGUACGUAAUUAAGGAUCUAAUUCCAGAUAUGAAUAAUUUUUAUGCUCAGUACCGUUUUAUUGAGCCUUAUUUAAAGAAAAAGAAUGUGUCUGAAGAAGAUAUUGGGAAAAAGACUUAUUAUCAGUCAGUGGAAGACAGAGCAAAGUUAGAUGGGCUUUAUGAGUGCAUUUUGUGUGCCUGUUGUUCUACUUCGUGUCCAUCUUAUUGGUGGAAUGGUGAUAAGUAUUUGGGUCCCGCUGUCCUACUUCAGGCUUACAGGCAAGUGUUAAACGAAUACCUAAGAUUUCACAAAUUUAUUCAUUAAAUGGUGUUUUAUGAACGGAGUUACUUACAUUUAUAGAUAAGAUUUCACUUUAAAAGAAAGAAUAUUUUAUUUCGUUUUGUGUAGUCGAUGUUACAACUUGUUUGUGAUGAGUUCUGGCUACUAUUAAAUAACUUUUAAAUGGAAAUUGGUUGAAUGUACUACUUAUAAGUUUGAAUUACUGAGAGAAGUCAGCUUAAAUUGUCUGGCUGGAAAUGUAAAUAACAGAAGUAAAUUCUUGCAUCAGUUGUCCUUCAGAUUCCCAGUGCGAAAACAGUUCAAUUAAAAGUAACUUAUUUUAAUAUUACUACUGCUUGUUGUUUCUUUUUGUGUAUAUUCUCGUAGAUUAACGAGCAAAGCUGUUCGUUCGCACUUACUAGAAUAUCAAUUAAGCGAUGUUGAAAAUAUUCAUUCUACGUAACGUAAUCCGUAAUCCUCACAUCGCGAUUAACAACGACAUUGACUAAAUAUGUAUAAUUUUGGUUAGUUUGUCGAAUUAUCGUUUCUUCUGGGUAAGAUUGUUAAUGUUUUGCAAAAUAAACUCAUUACUUAGUUAUGUACCAAAAAUUAUCCAUUUAACAUUGCAGUGCAUUUUCGAUAUAUCUCUUGCAGAUGGUUAGUCGAUUCACGUGAUGAUUAUACGUAUGAACGUUUGGCUGAGUUCCAAAACAAGUGGUCACUUUAUCGAUGUCAUACUAUUAUGAAUUGCACAGAAACUUGCCCAAAAGGAUUGAACCCUGGUUUGGCUAUUGGAGAGAUUAAGAAAAUGCUAAUCUAUUUCAAUCAGUAUAAACACAAGAAACCGGAGACGAGAACUGUCUAGACCAUAUAAUCUCAUUAAUCACGUAUUUUCUCGAAUUCGGUUAACUUACUGACUAUUUAUAGUGAAUCCUCAUUAAUUUUUCUCCAAUUUCUAAUUUAACUUAUAAAUAAGACGUUUUUUUUGUUGUCGAAAUUUUAAAGUGAAGUAACUAUUUCAUCUUCAGAAAUUGUAGUAACUUCAUACAAUAUUGAAAGUCGGUGGGAAGAUAACUUAUAACUUUAAGUUAGAAGAUAUAACGGUUACCUUUUGUUGAAGGUUUGUUCACUUGACUGUUUUUCUAGUAUUAUUAACGUUGGACAUAAGAGGUAAUGUCUAACCUCAGAAUUUCCGAAAUCAUCUUAACCGUUGUUACAAAUAUACUGUAUCGCUAUCAAUCAUAAUUACAUUGGUUUAACAUGAA